AUGGCAGCUCUCUUCCGGAACCGGCUCUUCCUUCUCAUCGGCACCAUUUGGAUGGCGUCGUACCUCAUGCUAAAUGCUUCUGCCGCACCCCAUGAGAGAGCAGAUGUUCAGUACGAUGUGGUCAUCUACGGAAACACAGUCGCUGCUAUAGCAGCAGCCGUGCAGGUCAAGCGCAUGAAGAAGACAGUGGCCAUUAUCUUCCCCGGCAGCACGCUGGGCGGCCUCACAACAUCUGGCCUUGGCUGGACAGACUCCAAGAACGGUAACGCCAUCGGUGGUAUUGCGAGAGAAUUUUAUGGAAAGGUCUACUCCCACUACCAGAUGAGCACCUCUUGGAAUCAAGAAACACGAUCAAGCUACUUGGGCCGAAAGAUUGGUGCUCAGCCUGGCCCUGCCAUUGACGAGAGCAAGAAGGUUCAGUGGACCUUUGAGCCAAAGGUGGCUGAGUUUAUUCUUGAGAAGUGGAUGAAGGAUGGCAAGGUCCCAAUUUUCCGCAACCGAGCCAUUGAUAGGUCCCAGGGCAGCGUGGUCAAGAAGAAUGGCAAGAUUGCUUCUUUCAAGACACUGACUGGAGAUGUCUAUCAGGGCAAGAUGUUCAUCGAUGCCAGCUACGAAGGCGACCUCAUGGAGGCAGCCGGCAUCUCCUGGCGCACAGGCCGUGAGAGCACUGGCGACUACAGCGAAUCAGUUGCUGGCUUCCGCCUUGGUGCUGUUGAGCAACUCUCCAAGGUCGACCCCUACAAGAAGAAGGGCGACCCAAGCAGCGGUCUCAUUGAAGGUGUUGGGCGAGUGGUCAAAGACGCUGCUUCCCUCCAAGGCCAAGGCGACGACUUCCGUCUUCAAUCAUACAACUUCCGCAUGAGUCUCACCAAGCAAACCGGUAACAGAAUCCCCUUCACCAAGCCUGCCAACUACCGCGAAGCUCAAUAUGAAUUGCUUCUCCGAUACUUUGAGACGGGCUACACCGGAACCCCUUUCACCAGCCAGCUCAUGCCCAACAUCAAGACCGACUCCAAUGCUCAGAGCCAUGUCAGCACUGAUCUUAUCGGCGAGAGCUUCGAAGACAACGGCAACUACGCUACAUGGUCUUAUCAGAGACGUCGACAGGUUUAUGAUCAACACAAGUCUUACACCCAAGGUUUCUUCUGGACUAUGGCCAAUCACCCUCGCAUUCCCAAAAGCCUGCGCGACCGAAUCAAUGAAUGGGGAUAUGCCAAGGAUGAAUGGGUUGGCAACAACAACUGGCCCUAUGAGAUCUACAUCCGAGAAGGUCGUCGCAUGAAUGGUGGCUACACCAUGCGCCAAAGCGAUAUCCAGUCUCCCCCCGCACGCCCAAACAACAGUGUCGGUAAAGGCGCGUACUCGCUCGAUGUCCACCAAGUCGAGCGCAUCGUUGUCGGUGGAAAGCUGCGCGAUGAGGGCAAAGUUCACAUCGCCACACCAGGCCCCUUCAACAUUCCCUACCAGUCCAUUUGCCCCAAGUCGGAGGACGCAUCAAAUUUCCUUAACCCUGUUACUAUGAGUGCCACUCAUAUUGCUUACUCUGCUAUCCGCAUGGAGCCUACAUACAUGGUCCUCGGCCAGAGUGCUGCUACUGCGGCGUGUCUUGCCAUUGAUCAGGGUGUCAGUGUUCAGGACGUGGAUCUUCCCACGUUGAUCGCCAGACUAAAGGCGGAUAAGCAGGUGCUAUAG